AUGAGGCUCCGUGUCCGCGGCCCUGGUGGCCAGUCCACCAUUACACUAGAGGACACUGCUACAGUCGAGGAUCUUCUCCGAAAUAUCAGCCAAGCAACAUCGUUAUCAUCGUACGAUGUGAAAUAUGGAUACCCCCCACAACCCCUCGCUCUGGGCCAGCUUGACGCUCAAACAAAGGUCACUGAUAUCGGCGUCAACCUUAACGGGGAACAACUCAUAGUGAGCCAGCGGGACGAUAUCAAGGAACCCGAGGACAAACCAUCAUCAUCAUUAGAACAUCGGCAAUCAGAGUCACAAACGGGUAAACAGACGUCAAAACCCCUUUCUCUUACCAAGAAAAAGAACAGUAUAGAGAACGAUGCUCCAGAAAUACCCUCUCCCGAGCAUGGGGGAACCAUUGUUCUCCGGAUUAUGCCUGAUGACAACUCGUGUCUCUUCCGCGCGGUUGGCAGCGCCGUCAUAGGCGCAAUGGAUGCUAUGACCGAGUUAAGAUCCAUCAUCGCGCAAAGUAUUCAGGAACAGCCGGAAUUUUACACCGCAGCGGUCCUGGAGAAGUCUCCAGACGACUAUUGUCGGUGGAUCCAAACCGAGGACGCUUGGGGUGGUGGAAUUGAACUCGGCAUUUUAAGCAAGCAUUUCGAGAUCGAGAUAUGUUCGAUCGAUGUGCAAACCCUGCGGAUAGAUCGGUUCAACGAAGGUUGCCCCACACGCUGUGUUGUGGUCUACUCGGGCAUACACUACGACACAGUCGCCCUGUCUCCAUCGGACGAGCCAUAUACUCAUGCUUAUGCGCCGCCGGAGUUUGACACCAAGAUAUUUGAUUCCUCAGACCCAGUGAUUCUAGAAAAAGCGACGGAGCUAUGCCAGAUCUUGAAGGAGAAACACUACUAUACCGACACGUCCAACUUCCAGUUGAAGUGCAAUGUUUGUGGAGGGCUGUUUAAAGGAGAGAAAGGGGCCACCAGCCACGCAUCUGAGACCGGCCACUAUGACUUUGGAGAGGCAGGCUGA